AUGGCCGGGGAGCAGGACUUGUUAGACGCUGUGGUGAUGGCAGAUGAGAGGUUUCAUGGGGAAGGGUACCGGGAAGGCUAUGAAGAAGGAAGCAGUCUGGGUAUGAUUGAAGGGAGACAGCACGGCACGCUCCAUGGAGCUAAAGUCGGAUCUGAAAUCGGGUGCUACCGAGGCUUCGCGUUGGCUUGGAGAGGCCUCCUGCAUGGUCGCGCCACUGAGAGAGACAGCAAAAAGAUGAAGGUCUUAGAGGCAUUGAUUGGGAUGAUUCAGAAGUUUCCUUACGACGACCCUACUUACGACAGACUUCAUGAAGACUUAGACAGAAUUAGAGGGAAGUUUAAGCAGUUUUGUUCAUUACUGAACGUUCAGCCCGACUUUAAAAUCAGCACGGAAGGUUCUGGACUUUCAUUCUGA